AUGUCCACUGUAGAAGAUUCCAAGCCUGCUGCUGCGGCUGCGGCUGCCGCUACUGGAAAGAAUGCUCUGUUGGCUCGCAUUCAAGCUGCCAAGGCAAAAUCACAGCAAAAUUCCGUCAAACCAGCACCUACUGCUGCCGCUGCCGCUCCUGCCGAUUUGCUAGACUUUGGAACUCCUGCUCCAGCACCUGCUGCUACUACUGCUACUGCUGGAGAUUUUGAUUUGUUGGGAGGAAUGGAAGCAACGGCUCCAACGCCUCCUGCUGCUGCUUCUGCUGCAACACCAGCGGCCGGCGAUUUGAGUACCUUUGAAUCCUUAAUGGCCUCCACCACUACACCGCAACCGAAUAGUAGUCCAACCACAACCACAACAGCUACCACAACACCAGAACCAGCUGCAGUUCCAGCUCCACCUCAAAUUGACGAAGAUCUUCUCGCAUCCUUGCCCCCAGAAGAACGCGAGGCUCUUUUGGCCGAACAACGUCAAAUUUGGGAAGAAAUUGAACGCAAAAAGGCGGCGGCUCCCAAACCACUUACCGGAGCUGCGGCGAAGGCUGCGGCCUUUAAUCAACGCAGUGCUGCUUCCGUGGCGAACGUGGUGGAUACUCCGGCCUUUGCUCGACCACCAGCCCCCAAGACACCACCCCGAUCCAAUGUGAGUGCUGGAUCCUCUAAUACUGUCAAUUUGGGUGACGGAGAUGUUCCGCUACACGGCAGUGGACAAACAGACAAGGCAAUCAAGGAUGGUACUGCCUUGGUUGUUCAAUGCAUGAGCUGUAACAAUUGGAUGCAAGUUACCGGAGAAGCCAAUCUCAUGUUGUGUCCCGUCUGCGGUGUCGUCUGUCCCGUCGAAAAGACGGGAGCCACGGCUGACAUGACCACGGCAGCCCAAGUGGCGGCCGAUCAGCAACUCGCCGAAGAGCUUCAAAAGGAAGAAUACAAACAGGUGUCCAAUUAUAGAGAUCGACGACGAACUGAAAAUGCGGCUGCGGGCGGAGCUCCUGGUGGCCAAUCUUGGAUGGAUUGGAUUGCGGGAACUCCCACUGCGGCACCCGGGACAGCGGCUGGUGCUACGGCUCGUAGUCCUACGAACAAUGCAGCAGCAAGCCCUCGCAGUCCCAACGAACGACAAGGAUUGAUUGCUGGCAAUAGUGGUAAUGGUGGCAAUGGUAAUGGUGGUGCACGAGUGGCCCAACAACCCCAAAGUCUCUUUGCCUGUGUGGCGGAUUCCAUUACCACGGCAGCCGAACAAAUGACGGGCAUUCAAUUGUCAGAAGACAAGGAGGGUAAUGUUCAUGGUGUGGAUUCGUCUUCCCUUUUGAUAUAA